AUGACACUCACGGUGCUGUCUGACGACCAGGUCAGCUCAAUCUUGGAGAGCCUCACCCUCGACGAGCUCGAGGAGUUUCGCCAUGUGCUCGCCUCGGCGCUGCACGAGUUCUCGACGGGCUCGCAGGUAGACGGCGCCGACGCCUUUCAGCAGCCGCACCGCAUCACGACGCAACAUCCCGAGACCAAGGCCACAACUCUCUACAUGCCGUCUUGCGGCCCAGAAGGCAUGGGCUGCAAAGUCGUGUCGCUGACCACAUCCGCCGCCCUGCAGGAGGACCCCUCCGUCAAGCCCAUCAGCCCGACCGGCGUCGUCAACCUCUUCUCCCCCGGCGGUGAGCUCACCGGCGUCGUCCACGCCAGUAGCCUGACGGCGUUCCGCACCGCGCUUGGCUCCGCGUGCCUGGUGUCGCGCCGCAACCACGUGCGGGCCAUCACCGUCUUUGGCAGCGGCGCCCAGGCCUACUGGCACGUCCGCCUCGCCCUCAUGAUGCGCGGCAGUACCGUCCGCCACGUCUACAUCAUCAACCACCGUUUCUCCGAGAGCGCGGGCCUGAUUCUCAAAAAGUUCGCCGUCAUCCCGCAGGCUGUCAAGGAGCGCGAGGGCUGGGCGCACGCCAAGUUCUCCCUCCUGACGCCCUCGUUUCACGAGUUUGACCGCCUGCAAAAAGAGUACAUUCGCGCGUCCGACGUCGUCUACUGCUGCACGCCGUCGCGCAAGGACCUGUUUGACGCCCACAUCCUGACCAACACCGAGGGCCGGAAAAGGGGCCGCCUGAUUGUGGCCGUGGGCAGCUUCACGCCAGAGAUGCGCGAGCUGCCGGAGGCGCUGCUGCACCAGGUCACGAAGCACCAUGAUAAGCAGGACAAGCCGCACCGGCACUUCCACAAGCACGCAGAAGAGGGCGGCGUCAUUGUCGUGGACACCUUGGAGGGUGUCCUCCUGGAAGCAGGCGAAAUUAUUGCGGCCAAGAUUCCUGCGACGCACCUAGUCGAGCUCGGAGAGCUCGUCAUGCUUCACAAACUACGGGUUGAGGAAUCCGAAGCCGAAGCGUCCGCGUCUGAUGUGGCCAGCGAAUUCGAACGCAGCGAUACCGCUGACUCUAGCUCAGCCAUGUCCAGCGUAUACGGCAAUCAGCUUUCGCGCCCGGGCAGUCCCGCCAGCUCGACCUCAUCCAACCACAAGUCCACGUUCCACCUUCCCUUUCGCACAAAGUCUGCCUCAUCGUCAGACCAGGGCGAGAAGAAGAAAAAAGAAGACCACAUGGUGCGCUGGCUACGCGACGGCACCGUUGUGUACAAGAGCGUCGGUCUGGGCCUGAUGGAUCUCGUUGUUGGUACGCAUCUCGUCAACGUUGCUUCAAAGAAGAAUAUUGGAACCCGCAUAGAGGGAUUUUAA